CCUAAAUGUGUGUAAAACAAACAGCGUACGAACGAAAAAAGUUAACCAAUAAAUUUGUUUGUUUGUUAAUGUUCACCAAUUUGGUCCCUUCCAAUAACGUACAGCUUAACGUUAAUGUUCAGUGCUUCCGUGUUUUGUUUAUGCUGGUUUAGCCAGGCAGAACGUAGGUGCAGCAAGUGUUAAUUAUCCGAUGGCGGACUGGAGAUGGCGAUAUUGCUAUCAAAACUAUUAAGGCCAUACAAUUCGCAGGUGCUGAUUUUAGCAAGUAAAUCUCAACCGAAAAAUAUUUACAAAUAUUCACGCACUGAACAAUUAUCAACAAAUAGGUGUAAAAGUUGUUAUCCUGCAGCGAAAGAAUACGUGUGCAUAGAAAGCGCCAACGUCAGGCGUUGGCAGCAAUGUCUGGAAUAACAUUAACUACAGUCGCGCACGGAAAAAUCACUUCUGCAAACGCUACAAUCAAUACUAACGGGUUCGACACCAUCAUUAACAGUGACACGCUUAGAGGUACUCGGACUCAUCUUAUGGAAGUGCAUACGCAUACGCGGGUGGGAGCGGUGGCUGGAACAGAUGCAGCAACCGUAAUUCCCAUCGGACAAACAUCAGAUGCAGGGGAGCGACUGGGACGUCAAGGAAAUCGGCUUCAGACAUCGCGAUUUGCUUGUUUUCGAAGUUGCGGGGACUUUCUUACUUAUCUAAUAAAGUUCGGUAGGACGCCUGAAGAAUUGGAACAACGCUACAAGUCGGAUGAGAUUGAUAGGUUACUGGAGAAAGAAAAGCACACUUUCCGUCGGCAGGUUAAGCUGUUGCUCCUGGGCGCUGGCGAGUCUGGCAAAUCUACUUUCUUGAAACAGAUGCGUAUAAUUCAUGGGGUUAAUUUUGAAUAUGAGCUUCUGCGCGAAUACCAAAAUGUGAUAUAUCAAAAUGUUGUAAGAGGUAUGCAAGUCUUGUUGGACGCUCGUGAAAAACUGGAUAUCUCGUGGGGAAACGAUGGACGAGAACAGGAUGCCAACGAUGCCAAAUUAAUGGAAUGCAAUGCUAUAGAGUCACCCAAAUUUCGAGAAUAUGCACCACAAAUAAGGCGCCUUUGGCAGGAUCGCGGCAUUAGAAGAGCUUUUGAAAGGAGACGUGAAUUUCAAAUUAGCGAUUCUGUUAGCUAUUUUUUAGACGAAAUCGAGCGACUAGCUAAACCAGAUUAUGUCCCAACACAUAAAGAUAUAUUGUACUGCCGCAAAGCAACUAAAGGUGUAUAUGAAUUUUGUGUCAAAGUACAGAACAUUCCAUUUGUGUUCGUCGAUGUGGGUGGACAGCGGACGCAACGUCAAAAAUGGACUAGAUGUUUUGAUAGCUCUGUUACGUCGAUUAUAUUUCUGGUCUCUAGUUCAGAAUUCGACCAGGUGCUUGCCGAGGAUAGAAAGACCAAUCGUCUGGAAGAAUCAAAGAAUAUCUUUGAUACAAUUGUCAACAACAACACAUUCAAAGGAAUAUCAAUUAUUUUAUUUUUAAACAAAACCGACUUGCUCGAACAGAAAGUUCGCAAUCCUGAGACUGACGUUCGCUGGUAUUAUCCACAGUUCAACGGCAACCCACACUCUGUUUUGGAUGUCCAGAACUUCAUACUUCAAAUGUUUAUGAGCAUACGUCGCAGUAGCAGUACCAAUAGAAUUUAUCAUCAUUUUACCACUGCCAUAGAUACACGUAACAUUAAUGUUGUUUUUAAUUCGGUAAAGGACACAAUACUACAACGCAACUUAAAUGCUCUUAUGCUGCAGUAGCUUUUUUUCCAACUUUGGUAAACUUUCAGUAAUAGUAUAUACAAACUUGUAAUAGUUUUUUUUUUUUGUGUACAUCCUUAAGACACAAAAAUGAAAGGUGCCAACACCGUUUUUUUAGGUCCAAUCAAACAGAAGGUUUGCAAUACUGAGACUGAAAUUCGGUGUAAUUAUCCGCAGUUUUAUGGCGAUCUCUAUCCCGAUUUAUCUGCCAAACACUUUAUUUAAAAAAUAUCUGUGACAGUUCGUGGCAGCAGAAAGAGUAGCAUAUAUGUAGUAACACCUAUGCCACAAAUAAGCACAGCAUGUAUGUGGUGUUAAGCUAGGUAAUUGGUACAAUACAGUAAAAUCUUUACGCACUAUUGCUUACAUAAAUGCAUGUAAACAUAUUAUAAAAUAAAAGUGAUUGACGUUUUUGUAAUAUACACAUCCACAAACUUAAACUGAAACAUUUGCCAGGUAACUUAGAUUUAAUAAGAAGCCCAAAUUGUUAUUAUCUUUAUAAAUUGGUUACAUUAUUUGUGACUAAAUAAAAUAAUAAGAUGUUUUUAUUUUUUAAGAAAAAAUAUUAUACUAGCCAUAAGAAUGGACCGACUUGUGUAGACCCUAAGAUCAUUUGGCUGCUUUGAAAAUUCGUAAGUUACCAAAAUGUCUUUAAAAUAAAAAGCCGAAAUUUUGAA